AACAGCUGAGCCUCCUAAAUCUCUCAUUUAAAAGAAAACUAUUCGUAGUCCAAUAAAAACCAACAAUACACCAUCUUAAAGCUAUGCAAGAUAGUAAUAAUGUUUUGGAUCCAUGGCAGGACUUAUUGGGCAUAACAGCAGAUCCACCAGAACGAAGGAGCAAGUGUGACAAGUGCAAGCGACCCAAGGUUGUAUGCUGGUGCUCAUCUUUACCAAAUCCCCCUGUAGAUACUCAAAGCUCCAUUGUUAUUCUCCAACAUCCCGCCGAAGAAAAACGAACGCUGCGAACAGCGUUAAUGCUCCAAUUAGGUUUAAAGCCUGGAAAAUGCAUUGUAUACAAAGGAAAGAAAUUUCCCUCGCCCAAGAAUCAAGCAGAACUAGAACCUAUACUUCAAUCUGCCAAUUCCUUAUUGCUCUAUCCAAGUAAAACAUCAGUGCCUUUAGAAACAAUAAGACAACAGACACAAGCCGGCGAAGGACCGCAAGGGCCUUUCACUCUAGUACUCAUUGAUGGUACCUGGCCGCAGGCCAAAGCUAUAUAUGCCAGCAGUCCUAUUUUGCACCAUAUGCAUCAGGUUAAACUCAUAUCGGCAGGCAUUAGCGAUUAUAUUAUACGCACCCAACCCACAGAGGGAUGUCUUAGUACCUUAGAGACAGCAGCGCAAUCGUUAGCCGUUCUGGAAGGUCGUCCCGAGUUAAGGGCGUUAUUGGUACAACCACUUCAUGCUUUGUGUAAAUUUCAAAUCGAUAAUGGUGCUGUUGAACACCAAUCCAAGGAAUAUCGCAUAAAAAAUAAUCAAUAUCCAAAACAAAUAGGCAAACGCUUGAAUCGCCUUCUCAACUAUAGCACCAUAUGUAGACCGGAAGCCAAAGAUGCUGAAGUGGCCAAUGGUGAACUGUCUGAAAUUACCAAUUAUACCUCUGUACAAAAUAGCUGAAGAAUGGAGAAACAAAACAGACUUCGACUAAAGCAAAAACGUACGAUUUUUAUGAAUAGAUUAGUAAGCAUUAUCUCUAGAUUAUUAAUCAAACUGUGUACAUCUUUAAUAAUUAAAAAAUGAAAAUUAAAGCAUUUAUUAAAAAUACUUA